AUGGAGGAUCUCAAUUUGUCGAGCAGCAUCCCCGUUGAUGAGGACUAUGGAGAAUUCGAGUUCCUAGAAGAUGAGGAAGCCAGUUCCGCAUACUCAGUGGCCUCGUCGGUCUACAAUUUCAGGGUCGAAAAUGGUCGCCGAUAUCACGACUACAAAGACGGACAUCCCUUUCCCUACGACCAAGUCUCGGAGGAGAAUGAACAAGUUUUGCAUGAGAUGAUUCUGGUCCUCUUCGACAACAAGUUCUUUGUUUCUCCCAUCGACGAAUCCGCCUUACAUUGUAUCGUGGACGUGGGCACUGGAAAGGGUCUGUGGGCUGAAGGGGUUGCUGAAAGGUAUCCGGACGCCCAUGUUGUGGGCAUCGACACCAUUCAGCACGAACGCUCGCUCCAGCCCAAUUUUUCCUUCAUUCUCCAGGACGCAACCGACGAAUGGGUCCUAGAUGAUCCCUCGAUGAAGUUCGACCUGGUCCAUAUCAGAAACUUGUUUGUGGGAGUAAGAGAUUGGGAUGCAUUAUACGCUCAGUGUUUUGAGAAAAUGAACUCUGGUGCAUGGAUCGAACAGCUCGAGUUGGAAAUCGACGCGCAUACUGACGAUCAAUCUGAACUGCCGGACAGUCAGAUCAUGAAGCUCUGCAGGUUCGUUGACGACAUGACAGCCGCCACUGGCAGAGAUUUUCGUGCCUCCUCUAAGAUGAAGACUGCGAUCGAGGCAGCUGGUUUCGUCGACGUUCAGGAGCAAAGGGUCAAGCUUCCACUAGGCCCUUGGGCUUCUGAUCCGAAAUUCAAAGAUAUCGGGAGGUUCUUCGAACGAUUCUACAAAACGGGUCUGCAGGGUUGGCUCCUACAAAUUUGCACCCGAGUCUUUGGGUGGACAUUGGAACAGGUGAACGAGGCAUGCGUCAAAGCGUUCCAAGAGAUCAACUCCCGCCAACAGCACAUGUAUUUCACGCUAAUCAUUGUGAUCGGUCGAAAGCCUUAA